AAGUCUCCGGCUGUUCAUCCAUUAUCACGUGACCAGGUAAAAAAAAUAGCGGAUUCUCUCAAGCUGGGAUGUUCUCAGGACGAAGUGAAUACUUACGCGGGUGUCAUUGCACACAUCCUCCAGUCCUAUCAGUGGAUUCACGAAAUGGUGGAACCAGCCCUUCCGGUGAAGUAUCCCAGAACGCCUGGUUAUAGGCCCGGACCAGAAGAGAACACACUCAAUGCUUGGUACUACCGAUGUGACAUCAAAGGUGCCGCCAAAGGUAAACUGGUCGGUAAAAAGGUUGGCAUCAAAGACAACACGGCGGUGGCAGGUGUCCCGAUGAUGAACGGCUCUAAGAUAAUGGAAGGUUACGUACCCGAGUUUGACGCCACAGUGGUCACACGAAUUCUGGAUGAAGGUGGUCAGAUUGUUGGAAAGACGGCCUGUGUAGACAUGUGUCUGGGCGGGGCGGGAUUUAACAACGCUCUGGCCCCUGUGUUGAACCCCGUGCAGAAAGAUCACGUCCCCGGAGGGUCCAGCUCGGGAAGUGGGGCUCUGCUCGCAGCUGGUGAGAUAGACUUGGCCACAGGCUGUGACCAAGGCGGCUCUAUCCGGAUCCCCGCCUGCUGGUGUGGUGUGGUCGGACUGAAGCCCACUUUCGGCCUUGUCCCCUACACGGGCUGUGUGCCUAUAGACAUGACCCUAGACCAUUGCGGACCCAUGGCCAGGACCGUCCGCGACUGUGCUCUCUUCCUGGAGGUGCUGGCCGGAUAUGACGACGGCAAUGACCCCAGACAGCCCCCAAACAUCAAGGUUCCGGAAUACAGUAAACAGUUACCAGAUAAACUGGAAGGCAAACGCGUAGCUCUGUUACGGGAAGGGUUUGAGAUCUGCGAGAAGGAUGUGGCGGACAUGGUGAAAACUGCGGCCCAUAAACUGGAACAGAAAGGGGCUGUGGUCACUGAGAUCAGCUUACCCGGUCACAAAGGCGGCAGUCAUAUCUGGACUGGGAUUGCAGCAGAAGGAAUGUACCAAACAAUGUUCAGAGACAAUGGGCACACUGUGGGGUGGAAAGGGCAAUAUUUCCCCUCGCUACUCGACAAACUUGGUCAGGGUUACGCCACCCGUUCUCUGGAUUUCUCCGAAGUCGUUCGCCCAUUCCUCAUUGUUGGAAACUACCUCCAGACGUCCUAUCAUGGCCGCUUUUACGCCAAGGCCCAGAAUCUCGGCCGAUCUCUCAAAAAGAUGUACGAUGACGCUCUGAAGGACCAUGACGUUAUCAUCAUGCCCACACUGCCCUUCAAAGCACCCAAGAUUCCUAAAACUGACAGCUCGCUGGCUGAGCGAAUGGCGGCAUCUUCGGGAAUGAUUCAAAACACGGCGCCCUUUGACGUCACAGGUCACCCUUCCCUGACCAUCAGCGUGGGAAAGUCCGCGGGACUUCCGGUUGGGAUGCAAAUCACCGGGAAACUCUUCGACGAUCUUUCUGUCUUACAAGUUGCUCAUGUGUACGAAAGUCUUCGAGAUCAGUAACUGAUCGUUAUAUCCGAAUUCUGUGUGUUGUUGUCUACCUAUGUAGGAAAUUAAUCUAAUAUCGUAAAUGCACCACGGUCAUCGUUUUUUUUUUCAUAGCAUUUAGAUUCAAUUGCUAUUGAUUAUAAGUAGUCAGUAUACCAAAUACCAGCCGAUAUCGGCAGUGCCAGUAUUGCCGAUGACGGCAGUACCAGUACAGCCGAUGAUGGCAGUACCAGUACAGCUGAUGACGGUAGUGCCAUUUCAGCGCCGAUGAUAGCCUUGUGAAUGUUUAAGGCAUGACUAUUGGCAGUUACUAUGAAAAGCUUUCUGCACUGUUGGUCGUACGUAUGUUAUAUGUAACGAACUGUCAGUAAUCGCCAUUCAUCUCUGUGUAUUGUAUCUGAGCAUCGACUUCAAAUAUCAAUGCUGUCUAUUACGUUCACAGUAUAGUGUGUGUAUACAUCGGUUGGUUUCUAUAUAAGAUCAGAGACUGAAAGAAAACAGAUCACGCCCAUUUCAUCGUUUUCACAUCAUGAUAGACUUUUUCUACACUGCUUUGCUAAUACACAACGCAUAAUUUCGGAGUCUUUGUGGCAAGUGAUUGGAAAACCUUCAAAAUAAAAUCCUCUGUGAGUUCAGGUCCAGCUCAUGCUAGCUCCCUCUCUGGCCGUACGUUUGAAGGCCUUCCAGCAACCUGCGGAUGGUCGUGGGUUUCAUCCGGACACUGCCCGGUUUCCUCCCACCACAAUGCUGGCCGCCGUCGUAUAAGUCAAAUAUUCUUGAGUACGGCGUAAAAAACCAAUCAAAUCAUUAAUAAAUAAAAGAAAAGAAAAUAAAAUCAUUAAGAUAAACCGCAUGUUUCUGUAUAGGCCCAGAGGAUCUCACACGAGUGGUCAUCGCAUGUGAAAGGUUUGAAACGAGUUGCAUAAAGUUUGGGUUUAUUACGAUAUUUAAUCGAAAAAUCAAACUUGAAUGAUGUCGAAUAUGUUAGGAUAUUCGAGAUGAACUGGUUUUAAGGGUGAACUAGAUGAACUUUUUGUCAUCCAAAACCGGCUACACGUCUCCAUGGAGACGACCUUGGUAGUUCAUUGUACACUUACACUAUCACUUGUAGAUUUGAAACUGCCCAACAGAAAUAUUGACCAUGUUUCUGUGCAUAUAUUAUAGAAUU